GACACGGGCGGGAGGACAGUGGCGCCGCCAUGCAAGUAUGUGCAUGAGCGCGUGCUGGUGGAGGACGGUAUCUGGAGGUCUCGGUCGGCGAAUCCUACAAGAUAAUUGGGAGCAAGCUAGCUGUAUGCGCGCGUCUCAGGUCACGUGAGGAGGCUCACGUGAUCAGUGCACUUACUUCUCCACCAGCCUGUCAGUGAGUUAACGUACCGUCUCACAAGCACACAGACGGCGCGAAGGACACAAUGGACACGCCGUUUGCAGUGGUCAUCCCCUUGUUGUUCAGCCCAUUGGUGUGGAGUGGAUACCUGGAAUAUGACCAAAAUGUCCUGGUGCCCAAGGACUGGACUCGUGUUGGUCGGCUCAGGCCAACCGAAGAGCUUGAACUGACUUUUGCACUCAAACAGCAGAAUGUUGACGUGCUGGAAGAGACACUCAAAGUGGUGUCUGACCCCGACUCACCUCAGUAUGGUAAAUACCUCCAACUUGAGGAGGUGGCCUCCCUCGUGCGUCCCUCCGACCGGUCCCAAAAGGUGGUGCGCAGCUGGCUGCAGAAUCAUGGCGUCACAAACUGCUUGAUGGUUCGCACUCAAGACUUCUUACAGUGCAGAUUGACUGCAGAGGAUGCAGAGGUUCUUCUACCUGGCAGCAGAUUCCAGCGUUAUGUCAGAGACGGUCAGUCCAUCGUGAGGUCCUCAGCUCCCUACUCCGUUCCCGAUGACAUUGCACAACACCUUGACUUUGUGGGAGGUCUUCACCGCUUCCCCCCGAGAGGACACGAGCCUGGCCUGGCCUCGUCUAAGUCGAAGGGGAUCCAGCGGAGCAAUGGAGCCUUUCAUUUGGGAGUGACUCCUGCUGUUUUAAGGGCCCGUUACAAUCUGACUGCAGCUGAUGUGGGAUCAGCUCAGAACAACAGCCAGGCUGUAGCUCAGUUCCUGGAGCAGUACUAUAGCCCUGCAGAUUUGACGGAAUUCAUGAGCAUUUAUGGUGGCAGCUUCCAGCAUCUGUCCAAGGUGGACCGUGUCGUGGGGACACAGGGCACCGGAAAGGCCGGGUUAGAGGCCAGUCUGGAUGUGGAGUACAUCAUGAGCACGGGGGCCAACAUCCCCACGUGGGUCUUCACGAAUCCAGGUCGUCAUGAGUCCCAGGAGCCGUUUCUACGGUGGGUGGUCCUGCUCAGCAACAUGUCUGACCUGCCUUGGGUGCACACCAUCAGCUACGGGGACGACGAGGACAGUCUGUCUACUGCUUACAUGCAGCGCAUCAACACAGAGUUCAUGAAGGCCGGCGUCCGGGGCCUCUCUUUGCUUUUUGCUUCUGGUGAUAGCGGAGCCGGCUGCUGGCACAUAGCUAAAGAACAAAACUCCUUCCGGCCCAGUUUUCCCGCCUCAAGCCCUUACGUGACCACGGUCGGUGGUACCUCGUUCAAGAAUCCUUUCAAGACGACUUAUGAAGUAACAGAUUACAUCAGCGGAGGAGGCUUCAGUAACUUCUUCAAGAUGCCAAACUACCAGGCCAUUGCUGUCGCCGGUUACCUGAAGAGCGUCGCGGCCACCCUCCCUCCGAAGUCGUACUUCAAUGUCAGCGGGAGAGCCUAUCCUGACAUAGCGGCGCUGUCGGAUAAUUACUGGGUGGUUGUCAACAGAAUACCCAUGCCGUGGGUGUCUGGGACAUCGGCGUCAACCCCGGUGGUUGGUGGGAUGUUUUCUCUGAUCAAUGACAAACGUCUGAUGAAGGGCCUUCCCGUUUUGGGCUUCCUCAACCCUCGCCUCUACAAGCUCAAGGGACAGGCUCUGUUUGAUGUAACUGAAGGUUGUCACCUGGCAUGCCUUGAUGAGUUGGUACAAGGGCAAGGAUUCUGUGCGGCCCCGUCGUGGGACCCGGUGACAGGCUGGGGAACACCUAACUACCCUGCACUUCUGGCUGCACUAAUAACUUCGUGAAGUCAGUCAGAUGCUACUUGCAGGACAGGUACCAAACAUCGACACAUUGUGUCGUCAUUGUAAUCAGCUGCCAACGCUGUGUAAUUCAUUGACUCACUCAGAUCUUCAGUGAGAUUUUAGGGCUCAAUAUGCAAGAUUUUUUUUUUUUGACGGGUUUGUAUUUGUUCACAGCUCCACUGCACUUGGCUUAUAAAAUCCCUCUAUCAUAGGUUCUCGCACUUUUCAAUUGUCAAUCAAAAAAAAAAGUGUUUUUUUUAAUGUUACAUUUUUUCACACUGAUCAAAAUGUUAAUGAAUUCUGCAGGGAUUUGGUCUGCUCCCUAUUUACACUGACUUGUGACUGACCCAGAUUUUUCUGCAAACAAUUUUGCAAUCAGUUAAUGAAUGUUCACAGCAAUAUGACUUAGGGCUGCACAAUUAUUGCCAAAUUGAUGUUGAUCAAUAUUGUACCAGUAAUUAUGAUUAUUAAUCACAACUAUUAAUUAAGGAAAGCUUAUUUUUACCGCACUACUUUUAAACCAGUAUGUUAACAGUUUUCAAAGCUAAAUGAAACGUUAAAAUAGAAUGGAUUAAAAUGUAACCCUUUCAUGCACCCUGUAACAUAAGCUGUCCACUGUAGUAAGGUUUAAGUAUAAAAAGCAAAAUGUGCCAUCUUCUUUAACAUAAUUUGCCUUGUAUCUGAAACAAGUGCAGGCAAACGAAGCUGAUCCCUUUUAAACUCACCAUGAUUUAACAGAAUGCGCUUCUUUGUUAUUCAGGAAGCCAAAUGAAGCCUUAAUCAUGCAUUCACCCUCUUGGUGGUUGGCCGGUAGAUGGACAAAGUGCUUGAUUAUAUAUGUAGGAGAGCCCCCAAAUAUCACCUACGAUGAGAUUAAUUUCGUCAUCACAGCCAAAAUCAUUUUCCCGAUUAAAAUUUGAAUGAUUGUGCAGCCCUAAUUUGUUAUGCAUACAUAAUUAUACAUGCAUACAUAAGUGGGCGGUAGUGUUUUACAGCCAUAAAGCAAGAACAUCACUGGAAUAAUGGUAAUUCAAAAUGUGCUGCUAUUUUUUUCAAGUGCCACUCCCAAAGCUGAAAAUCAAAUGCUGCUGUUUUGUGGUGUGAUGUCAAAAGAUAAGUUGGUUUGUGCCAAAGGGUUGUAGUACUGAAGGAAAUACAAAUGAAACGGCUGCCGCACAGUCGAUUUUGUUCAUUACUGACUAAUAAACAGUAUUUGUUGCGGAUUGGA